CAAAAUGGCUGCGCCCAAGAGUUCACGUGAAUCCGAUUCCAAAGUUUUGGGAAGGAAAAGAAAGAAAUCGACAGUAAAUACUUCUGAAACAGUAGCCAAUGGUUCAGAUAAUCAUGAUAGUGAAGAAUCUGAAAGCAAAGCAAAGGCUGUUAAACUUGAUUAUAGUUCAGCGGAGUUUAAAGUAGAAUUAAAAGACCCAAACACUUCAUUUAAAGCUCUCGAGAGAUUUGUCGCGGCGGCGCGGGCGUGGACGCCGUUGGACGAACAUGACAUCGUCAAGAACUACUGCUCGCUGUCGGCAGAAUGCGACGAGAUCUUCCUGUUGCUUGAGAGCACCAAGCACAGACCAGCGCAGCUGCGUGUCAUCUUCAACGCGCUCGAGUGCGUUCUGCUGCGCACCGCAGACGACCUCGACAGGUACAGGGUCGUUGGCAUGGCGAUCGUGCGGCGGCUACUGCGAUCCAACAUGGUGUCCCUGCACACGGAGCUGUCAGCAAAAUCGGGAGUGUGCGUCAAGUCGGGCCUGAAGCUGCUGAGUGCUAUGAUCGCGCAGGGUGACGCGGCGUGUCAGGAGGUGCUCGCUCUGUUCGACUUCUCCAGUCAGUGGCUGCAGCAUCUUCUCAACAGGAGGAACCUGAGGGAGGAGCAGGAUGUCCGCGUCUGCUAUCUACAUGUCGUGCUUGCAUUCCUCGUUGCCGGCGACAACGGCGUGAUCCGCGCGAGCCUCGAGCAUCCGCGUCUGCUCGCCGCCAUCUUCCCCGGUCUGCUGCUCGACCGCGCCGACACCGUGCACCUCGUGCUGACGACCGUGCGCGAGAAGAUAGUUGAGAAUCUGGCGGUGAGCAAGACGGCCAAGGUUCGGCUGUUCACGGCGUCCAUGUUGGCACAGCUGGUCAGGCUCUACGGCUGGACGCGGCCCGUGUGGAACGCCAGCCAGCUGGCCGACGGCGAUGGCAACGAUGGCGGCUUUUGCCCCGAAGGUGGCGCCGGCGACCAGGAGCUGGUGCACGACACCACGCAUGAGUUUCUGUUGCGCGUCUGUUGCUCGUACAAGUAUGGCGUCGCGUUCCGUGACUCGUCGCUCGGCACCGCUGCCAGGAACAACAAGAGACCAUAUGAAUCGGCAGUUUCAAUAACGGCAACGUCGGGCAUCCCCUGAAACAAGUGCGCAUCCGCUCGCUCGUCACCGCCGUGCUGCGGGCGUGUCCGGACCAGCUUCGUCAGUACCUGACGAGUGUUCAGCAUCUGUUUGCGCCGAGGCCGUCCGUCGGUUGGAUGACCAGCGUCCGGUGGCUGAGGGAGAUCUACUGAAGACGCUGCCCAUCACAUCUCUAGUCAGCUGCAGAGAAUGUCAACAAGAAAGGUUGCCAUGGCGAUGGUGUUGUCUGUUCCGCCAGGUGAUGACGGGUGCCAACGUUACAUCAAAGACGCUGAAAGGAAGGAGCAUGCGGUCAUACAGCACGAAUCGCUGCGUCUGCUGCGACUCAUCCUACGCCGCGCCAACGCCAUCACUGUCGCCAUGGCAACGGGCAGUGACGCAGAGCGGUUCACGCAACAGUACCACGAUGCGCUUGCCA